AUGGCCUUGAGCCCCGACAAUGCAGGACUCAAAACGUGCUGGCCUACGUCUGGCAAGUACUUUACGAAAGAACGACUGCUGAGUCCUACACCAAAGCCCGCCUGUAUCAACUGGGUUGCACUGCUGUGUACUAAGCGAAACCAGCUCUGCCCAAUAGAUCACGAAAUGAUAGAGAUACAUUUCCAACUCGACUUGCGUUUCCGUGGCCUCUGCUACAGGCAACAACAAAAAGCAAAAUGCACCAAGGUGUGGAACGUGUGGCAGUGCUCAAAACCCAACGUGUGGACUAUAAUGGUCACGGCGAUUGAGCGCGCACGUGAAGAUGUCGAUUGCCAAGGCCAGUAUCGUGCUGUUGCUACCUCUGCAAUGAAGAAGAACAUCAAAGAGAUGGAUGAGACCGGUACCAUGGCCUGA